AUGUUUGACGAAAAGCAUGCCGCGGACGGCAAGGUCGAUGGACCCCUCGAAAAGGACUUGGAGAAAAAAUUGGACGCGAAGCAAUUGGAGCCCUUUGGAAAUGAGGAGACAGCGGAGAUCAAGUAUCGGACUAUGAAAUGGUGGCACUGUGGCAUGCUCAUGAUCGCAGAGAAUGUCUCUGUCGGAAUUCUGUCUUUGCCAUCCGCAGUGGCUACCCUUGGAAUGGUCCCCGCUGCUAUCAUGAUUCUGUUUGUCUCUGCUCUUUCAUGGUAUACCGGCUAUGUCAUUGGCCAAUUCAAACUUCGUCACCCAGAGGUUCACAGCAUGGGAGAUGCUGGCGAGAUCUUGAUGGGUCCUUUCGGGCGUGAGUUGCUAGGAAUUGGCCAGCUGUUGCUGUUGAUCUUCCUCAUGGCCAGCAACAUCUUGAUGUUCAACAUCCUGAUGAAUGUACUGACCGAUCACGGUACCUGCACGUUGGUGUUUGGUGUCGUCGGACUGAUCAUCUGCUUUUUGGGCGCCUUGCCUCGUACUAUGGACAAGGUCUACUGGAUGUCCGUCAUUUCAUUCUUGAGUGUCUUUAUUGCGACGGUGUUGACCAUGAUCACCGUGGGAGUCGAGACUAAAGGACAUAUAAAAAACGAGGUCACCACGGAUGUCAGCUUCCGCGAGGGCUUUUUGGCGGUGACAAAUAUCAUUUUCGCUUACCUUGCCCACGUUGCGUACUUUGGUUUCAUUUCUGAGACAGAAGACCCACGCACAUUCAACAAGUCACUCGCCAUGCUUCAAAUCGUCGACACGGUCUUGUACCUUGUUAGUGCACUGCUCAUCUAUCACUACGUGGGACCGGACGUCCAAUCGCCUGCCAUUCUCUCCCUGAACCCGUUGAUGAGCAAGAUUGCCUGGGGUCUUUCAAUCCCAACGACCAUUCUUUCCGGAGUUGUUUUGGGUCACGUCGCGUGUAAAUACAUCUACGUGCGUAUGUUCCGUGGAUCCGACAAGAUGCACAGCCGAAGCUUCCUGUCAGUUGGGUCCUGGGUCGCUAUCUGUCUCGCAGUCUGGGUCGUUGCCUGGAUCGUGGCGGAGUCCAUUCCCGUAUUCAAUGAUCUGCUGAGUCUGAUUAGUGCGGUCUUUGGAAGUUGGUUCAGCUUCGGACUCCCUGCAAUCUUUUGGUUCUAUAUGAACAAGGGCCGUUACUUCCAGAACUGGAAAAAGACUGUUUUGACGAUCACCAAUGCUUUGGUCUUGGCUAUUGCCUUUGCUAUUUGCGGAUUGGGAUUAUGGGUGUCAGGAGUCGCAAUUCACGAAGACUCCAGUUCCAAAAGUUGGUCUUGCGACAAUACUGCGUGA